AUGUUCGCCAUCAGACAAGCUGCACGCAAUGCAUCUAUCCGACACCAACCAUUGACCCGCUCAUUCACUGUGACGUCGAUCGCCUUGAGCCGUUGGACUGAUAUGGUGAAGAAGACAAAGAACACGAUUGGCAUUCAGGAAAUCACCGUGGACGAACUCAAAAGCGAGCUGGGUGCUGCUGAAAAGCCUGUUAUCAUUGAUGUUCGAGAAGGUGGAGAAGUGCAACGUGGCAAGAUCCCAAACGCCGUGUGUUUGUCGCGUGGUGUGCUUGAACUCGGUGUUGAAAAGGUUGUGACCCCAGAAUCGGAUACGCCUAUCGUCGUCUACUGUGCUGGUGGUCUCCGUAGCAUUAUGGCUGUUGAAUCGCUCGUGCGGAUGGGUUAUGAUAAUGAGAACAUCAAGAGUUUGAAGGGUGGUUUCGAAGCAUGGAAAAAGGGUGGAAACUCUGUUGAAAAUUAG